CAAGAACGUCACCAUGAAGACCAUCGUGCUCCUGUGCUUCGUGGCUCUGGCUUUGGCCAACGAAGACGCGAAAAUAGUAAAUUACCAGUUUGAAAUUGCGGAAGACGGUUCCUACGACUCCAAGUUCCAGACCACCAACGGCAUCAACGCCAACGAGGACGGCAUCUCGUACCCGGGCAACGAGCCGGAGACUGGCAACUACGUGAGGACUGGCUCCUACUCGUACGAGUGGGAGGGCGUCACCUACACCGUCACCUGGACGGCCGACGAGAACGGAUUCCACCCGGAGGGUGAACAUCUGCCCGACUUCAGCCACACCCGCGAGCACAUCGGCGACAUUUCAGAGGGGCAGUAAAACACCCGGUUAUCAGUCUUGAAACGUUCGGGAAGUAUUGCGGUGGCGUAGGCGAAUAUGCCUCGAUCAUUUUCAUCAAAGAAUGUCUUUCGUUACAUGUAUGUUUGUCGUUCCCAUCAUUUAAUGUCUGUUGUCAGUCCAUUGUUAUAAUGUGAACAUAAUAAAUACGUCGCCAACUACAUCCAUCGUACCUUAUUCCGUC